CGUCCACCGUGUUACCGUAUUCCCACUAUAUAAACAAACACACCAAAUCCCUUUUUCCCUCCCACCAAAACCCCAAAUACAAGAAUUUGCAAAACCAAACCAAAUUUAUUUAAAUUAAAUUAAAGAUGGGAAACACAAUAGGAAUAAGGAGUAAGAAGGCGAAGGUUAUGAAGAUAGAUGGCGAGACUUUUAAGUUGAAAACACCGGCAGUAGCAAACGACGUCGUAAAGGACUACCCAGGUCACGUUCUUCUUGAUUCCCAAGCCGUUAAGCACUUCGGCCUACGUGCCAAGCCUCUUGACCCCGACCAGUCGUUAAAGCCCAAGAAGAUCUACUUCUUGGUUGAAUUACCCAAGGUUAAGCCCGAAGUAGAGUCCGACGGGCUUCCUAGACGGGUACGCUCGAGUGGCGUGCGUGGCAUCAACGCAAAAGAAAGGCUUGAGCUUCUUGCGCUCUCCAAACGCUCCGCUUCGGAUCUCACGCUCGUGAGACCUGAAGCGGGGAUCAAUGGUGGGCCCACUAGGGUCCGGAUGCGGUUGCCCAAGGCCCAACUUGAGAAGUUGAUUGAGGAGAGUAACAACGACGGUGCUGAGGUGGCAGAGAAGAUCAUGAAUAUGUAUAUGGCCGGUGCCG